GAGAGGAAGGAGGGAAGGGAAUUCAAGCAAGAGAAAAGUACAGAAGUUAAAAAAGAGAAACAGGUUAAAUUACACAAGGGUUCCCUUGAUUUUGCCAUUCACAAAAUCUGGACCACACUUUCCCCUCGAAGUUAUACAAGCAUUUCCUCAUUGAAGACAUCCCAACAACAGAAGAACGCCUAUGCAUGUAACUGAAAGGGACAGACCCUGGACAGAACACACAGACUGUUUCAGCCGGGGAACGGCAGCAACUCACAACAGCGCCCCCAGGAGGAGGACAACUGGAGGUGCACGUCCUUGCUAGCUGACCACUGAGUCCGCCAGUUUCCUCCGAGCCCAAGCCCGAGGUGUGGGGCCAGGCAGGGAGAGGGCAGAGACCGAGAAAUCGCUCUGGGAUCUGCGGGGCGUCUCCCGCAGGCAGCGAGCCCUCGGAAGCACCUGAGGGGCGAAGCAAAGCCAACUCGAGGAGAACAGAGUACCUGCCCACCAGCUGGUUCUGGAGCGAAUGCGGGUGGGGACGUCCGUAUUCCAGCCGGCCAGUGGGGGACACAGGAAAGGCCUCGCCCACAGGGGCCUGCAAACGCACUCCAUGUCAUUAACCAUCAGGAAAUAAACCGUUCACAAAGGGACGCGCUUGUGCGCCAAGCGUCUGGGGUGGCAGUGCCCGGUCCAGUGAGAGGUGGCCGGCAGAGCGGCUCCUGCCCACCUGCGAGGAUGGCCUGGCACCCCGACCACGUGGCCCGGGGGUCUUCCUCCUCGGGGGGAGCCCUGUCACGGGGUCACACAGAUGACGGCCCGGAGCAACUAAUCAAUCACUAAAAAGAAGUCCUCUCGGCAGUUGGGGCUGCUACGGGCAAAGCCCCUGCCAGAAACUGCAAACGAAGGAAGGCUCUCGACCGGGUUACGGCAGCGUCUACACGGCCCUGCGCGUCUGCCAACACCCGCCGCUGUGUUCCCGAGACCGCAGGUUGCCUGCAAGUGGUAGCGACUAAAUUUGACGUAAGACCUCUGACGACGUUCAUACCUCAACGACCCUGGUCUCAACAUUUUUACCAGUAGGGAGGAGACUUCAGAUGUGCCAAAUAUUCCAUGUUAGGGAGUUACUGCUAAGCUCGGUGUCAGAGCCUUGGGUUCACUCCGCUUUUCUGAAAGUUUUUAAAAAUUAAAUUUAUUUUUAACUAGUACACGAAGACGUAAAAACUGUACGUAUUUUAGGGUAGGCAACAUGCUGUUUCACUAUAGGUAUGCACCAUUUAAUGUUUAAAUCAGAUUAAACAUACCUAUCUUCAUUCAUCAUUUCCGAAUAGUAAAACUUGGAAAAUUUCUUCUUGCAGUAUUUUGAAAUUUAUAUUACAUUAUUAUUAUUAUUAUUAUUAUUAUUAUUAUUAUUAUCUACAGUCACCCUAUUUAUUCGCUCUGCUUUUGCUUAUUUGAUGCUAUGAUAAAAUACCGAAAAAUACCCUAAAGAAUGAAGGUACAACUUCAAAUAUUUAGAAGAGGCACUAGGUUCCAUGGAGGAGCCUGUGCAGAGGGCUGUUUGCAUCAGCUGGAGGGAGUGGGCCGCACUGGGCAGGUGCCCCGCGGGUGGGGCCCUCCCUGGGACCUGGCGUGCCAGGCCUUGGAGCGGCGAGGCAGGGCUGCGACAGAGCUGCCGCAGGGUGGGGAGCGGGCCGGCGGGGCUGCGGUCUCCCGGGGUCGGUCACCGCGGCCCUGUGCGCGGGCCUCUGGCGCAGGCCUCCGGUCCUGCGGGAGCUGUGCGCGCAGCCCGGGGUCCCCACCUGCACGGCUGCCUCACGAUCAGAGCUACGCUUUAUACCCCGAAAAUCUCAUUCCUGGCAGAAUGCCGGGCACACACUGGGCCAAUGGGACGCCAGUCUGAUGGCACCUCCAGGUGGCAUCUUGUGCCCCCGCGGCACGUCGGUCACGGCACCGGCCGGGCAGGCCUCCGUGCCCAGGCCCCGCUGCCCACGGACCCCGGAGCGCGC